AUGCCAUCCCAAUUUGAGAGGCUGGCUCUGUUCCGGGUCUGGUCCACGAUGGUCCUUCUCUACACCUCGGACCACAGGAAGGGCUGGAGACAUAUCCUCCUCCACUUCCUCAGCUGCCUGACCCUGAGCCUGGCCUUGGGAGGGGCCCUCCUACUGGGCCUCUACUUCUCUUUGAACUACAGCCUAGUGGUGUGUGGAGUCACUUCAGGCUGCUGCUCCCUCCUGUUGACGGCUGGCCUGUUCUGUUCCAAGAGAGUCCGCUGCUUCUCCUUGCUGUUCCUCAUCUCCUGCACUAUGGAGCAGGGCAGGAACCUGCUUCUGACGGCAGGCACUGGGCUGGUGAUCCUCUGGAAUGUCCAGAACACCUUAAGAAACCUCAGAGAGGUGUCCAGCAGUCUGUUGUGUAACCUGGAGAAGAAGAGAGUGUUGUUGGAUGUCAGUCCAAUAGAUAACUAUGUCAGACUGCUGAGGUGGGUGGGUGAGAAGCUCAACACGUUCAUGGACAUUGGAGUUGUCAAAUACGAGUCAUCGUUCACCGUCGAACCCAGAGUUGAGUCCAACGAUCUGACGGUGAAACUUCAGGAUGCUGUCCGGACACUGAACACAACAACGAAGAGCGCUGAGGUGAGCAUCGACCUGGUGAUGGCUGUGUUCCAGAGAGCAGUCCCGGCACUAGGGGUCACCCUGGUCAUCAUCACCACUACCCUGUUCCUCAGAAAUUACUUCUUCAACCUCAAGUACCAGAACACUUUCAUCACCAGCAGGUUUAUUAGAUACGAUGAUCAACAGAGAGCUGAGGGGAAGCCCUACCUCCUCCCUCUGAGCCCAGAGGAGGCAGAUGAGUUCCGCUCUAUCCCCUCUGUCAGCUUCACACGGAGAGAGGGCUACACCGUGCUCUGGUUCCUGGUUCCAAUGCUCACCCACCUCCCAACCUGGCUCUUAUUCAUCUCCCUGGACGCACUGCUUUACUGGCUCAUUCUGAUUAUCAACAAACACCUUCUGGAACUGGAACCAUUCAGCAUUAACCUAAAGAUGAACCUAAACGAAGACAACAGCAUCGUGUUUAUCCCUCUCCCAGGGGGAGUCAUCUCGGAGGAUUUCUCCUACACCUACACCCUCUUUCAGGAGGAUUGCCUUCCCAAGCCCUCCCUGCUCCUCUCCAGGUCUCUGGUCCCCCUGUCUGUUAACCUGGUUGUUCUACUGGUCCUAGUCCUGCUGUCUGCCAAGAUGGGUCAGCUCAAACUACUGGUCUCAGAACAGUUCUACAACGACAACGCAGACCAGAGGGUGCAGCAACUCCAUGCUAAGAUCAGCCACAAAAGAGCCAAGAUGAGGCCUCCAACGAAGAAGUCUCUGCUGAGACUGCUAAAACAAAAAAGCUUCUGGCUUCCACUGUUCUUCCACGCUGCGAAGGAGAAUGAUAUGCGUCUCACCUGAAGUUGAAGAAAUCCAAAACAGUGAUCAUCUGGGAAAUUGAUUUUUGCUUUGUCAUGCAUUUAGGCAUUCACCUGUAGAAUUACUUAAUGACCUAGGACUAGAUCGUAAGUAUUUUUUUUUUUAAAUUGCAUUGCUAUUUUGUGUAAAUGUUCCACAAAGAUCAACAGUUUAUUCUAAUCGCGGUAAAUAUGUCUUGUGUUAUAAACCAAUUUCUAUAGUUAGUGUGUGAAUAAGUUUGUUGUACAAAUGAUUGGGCUACAACACUAUCACAAAUAUGGCUUCGACUUCAUUAAAGUAAACCUCAGAGUAAUCUUCUCUGAGUUGCUUUGAUGUUGUCUUUAUGAAUAAGAUACAGUUGAAGUCGGAAGAUUACAUACACCUUAGCCAAAUACAUUUAAACUCAGUUUUUCACAAUUCCUGACAUUUAAUCCUAAUAAAAAUCCCCUGUCAUAAAUCAGUUAGAGUAAUUGUAGAGAGAAUUAUUUAUUUCAGCUUUUAUUUCUUUCAUCACAUUCCCAGUGGGUCAGACGUGUACAUACACUCAAUUAGUAUUUGGUAGCUUUGCCUUUAAAUUGUUUAACUUGGGUCAAACGUUUCGGGGAGCCUUCCACAAGCUUCCCACAAUAGGUUGGGUGAAUUUUGGCCCAUUCCUCCUGAUAGAGCUGGUGUAACUGAGUCAGGUUUGUAGGCCUCCUUGCUCGCACACGCUUUUUCAGUUCUGCCCACAAAUUUUCUAUAGGAUUGAGAUCAGGGCGUUGUGAUGGUCACUCCAAUACCUUGACUUUGUUGUUCUUAAGCCAUUUUGCCACAACUUCAAUAUAUCCACAUAAUUUUCCUCCCUCAUGAUGCUAUCUAUUUUGUGAAGUGCACCCGUCCCUCCUGCAGCAAAGCACCCCCACAACAUGAUGCUGCCACCCCUGUGCUUCAUGGUUGGGAUGGUGCCCUUUGGCUUGCAAGCCUCCCCUUUUUUCUCCAAACAUAACGAUGGUCAUUAUGGCCAAACAGUUCAAUUUUUGUUUCAUCAGAACAGAGGACAUUUCUCCAAGUACGAUCUUUGUCCCCAUGUGCAGUUGCAAACCACAGUCUGGCUUUUUUAUGGCGGUUUUGAAGCAGUGGCCUCUUCCUUGCUGAGUGGCCUUUCAGAUUAUGUCGAUAUAGGACUUGUUUUACUGUGGAUAUAGAUACUUUUGUACCUGUUUCCUCCAGCAUAUUCACAAGGCCAUUUGCUGUUGUUCUGGGAUUGAUUUGCACUUUUUGCACCAAAGUACAUUCAUCUCUAGGCGACAGAAUGCGUCUCCUUCCUGAGCGGUAUGACGGCUGCGUGGUCCCAUGGUGUUAAUACUUGCGUACUAUUGUUUGUACAGAUGAACGUGGUACCUUCAGGCGUUUGGAAAUUGCUCCCAAAGAUGAACCAGACUUGUGGAGGUCCACAAUUUUUUUCUGAGGUCUAGGGUGAUUUCUUUUGAUUUCCCCAUGAUGUCAAGCAAAGAGGCACUGAGUUUGAAGGUAUGGCCUUGAAAUACAUCCACAGGUACGCCUCCAAUUGACUCAAAUUAUGUCAAUUAGCCUAUCAGAAGCUUCUAAAGGCAUUACAUAAUUUUCUGGAAUUUUCCAAGAUGUUUAAAGGCACAGUCAACUUAGUGUAUGUAAACUUCUGACCCACUGGAAUUGUGAAAAGUGAAAUCAUCUGUCUGUAAACAAUUGUUGGAAAAUGUACUUGUGUCAUGCACAAAGUAGAUGUCCUAAUGAUUUGCCAAAACUAUAGUUUGUUUAACAAGAAAUUUGUGGAGUGGUUGAAUUAAUGACUCCAACAUAAGUGUAUGUAAACUUCCAACUUCAACUGUACAUGCAUUUAAAUUGUGAUCUAACGCUCAAAAAUAUGUCUUUGAUUUCUUUAAACCUCAAACAUAAAGCAAUCUUCUCUUUUUGUAUUGUCUUUAUAUGCAUUACAAUGGCAAAGGUAAUGUCUUCCAACUGCAAGAAGUCCUCUAGCAAUGUCUGAUCUUUUACUUAUGUGUUUUGUUAGACAACUUUUUAGGCAUUCAAGGUGUUGGUCUGAUGGGAAUCUGUGAUGUCACCUUGUUUGAGGAACAAUAAAUAAAAAAAGAGGGAAGCCCCUACUGUGCUAUGUCAUGACUUACAUCAGGGGUGUCAAAGUCAAAUGGACGGAGGGCCAAAUAAAAAAUUUAGCUACAAGCCGAGGGCCGGACUGUUCGAAUGUUCAUUGAAAAUUUUUUAAAUGACGCAUAUAGUCUAGUGAACCUAAUUGAACCUACUGAAAACCUAACAAAUAUAUUCCAAUAUGAUCAGAUAAAUAAAGCAAUAUUUUCUUA